CUCUUUUUACGAGUAAUUCGACUUGCUGCUUCCAUUACACUCCCCUUGGAAUACUUCACUCUCAGGAACUACAUACACUUACCAUAAUGGCAUCCAACGGAACCUCCACCGAGUUCCCUUACACCCUCACAAUCUCCCUCCCUCUCCCCACCAAUCGCCUUGCAUCCGCUGCCCUCCGCACUCUCGAAGUCGACACCGAGCUCUCCCCCUUCGUCAAGCGCAGUUUCGCCCUGACAACGCCAACCAAAGAGCAAACCGCCGACGAAGAAGCCAAAACCGUGCUGGAGACGACCUACCGCGCGACGACGAAUCGCAUGCUGCGUGUCUCUGUGAAUGGCUUUAUGGAAAAUCUGGCAGUUGUGCUUGGGGUGAUGGAAGAAUUGGAUGUGGAUGUUCUAGAUGCGGAUGAUGAGAAAUGAAUGAUGGGUCUGUUUUAGUGCAGACAGAAACUGGAAAAGCAAAUGCGAGGUUUACUGUGCUAUGCUAUGCUACACGCUACAAGCGGCAUUGCUUGAGGGAUAGAUGUGCCCGAUAAUUGGGUCGAUCGAGACCAUAUCGGUAUUUUGCCGCUGGUCAUGAUCGUUCGGACGGAAUACACGGAUACCGGGUGUUCCUCGCGGUGAAGACGAGCCGCGUCCGGGGGGUUGUGGAUGGGAGAUGUGCGUACCGUGGAUGGGGCAUACCACCAACGUACAUGUGUGCGUGUGCUUGUUAUGCGAUGAAGCUUGAAUUGUGAAUUGAGUCAGGAGUGUGUAUAGCGGGUUGCGUCAUAUGUGGAUGGCGUGGGAAGUGGUCUGUCAGAUUGGAUGAUGCGAGGGUCUAGAAUGAAAUAUCACUAAUGUCUACCUGUUUUCCCAUAAUGAAGUCUGGCAAGGUACGGAUAGAUACGAAGAAUA